AUGGUACUCCAGCAAUUCCUCAUCAGAGUAAUCAAAUAUGUACAACACUUCAUUGAUAUUCUGAACUACAAGUUCGACGAAGUGUUAAAAAGAUUUGAGGACACCUUGGAGGAAUUAAAGAAACAAGAUCCCAAUGUCGAUGCCUAUGACAACCUCACUAAAGUUGUCAAUGUGAGUUUUCAAAAAGUCUUCGAAAAAUUUGGCAAACUAAAGGAUCAGGUAUUUCUUGCACUGAAGGUUGGGCCUUCAUAUGCAAUAGGAGGAGAAGGAACUAGUGGUGGUUGGAAUAAAUACUUCAAGCACUGA